AUGAGUCUCAUUGACGAUGCUUCGGUGAACUCAUCAAGCAGCGAUGAUUUUGCAUCUUUUCUGGAUGCAGAGUUGGAUUCUGUCUCUGAUACAUCUCCUCAAUCAGAAAAAGAAGAAGACGAACAAGAAGAUGAUGAUGAAGAUGAAGAUGAUGGCGACAACAAUGAUGGUGAUGAUGAUGAUGAUGACGACGAUGAUGAUGAUGAGAAUUAUAAGUACCUUGAUGAAAGGACAAAGAGGAGGAAGAUUAGUGAAUCAGAAACUACCGAAGAACCUAAUGGUUCAACAUCUCAUACAGAACAAGAAAUUAUCUUAGAAUCAGUGAAGGAGGGAGCAUGCACACAUCCUGGUUUUAUUGGAGGAAUGUGCAUAAAGUGUGGAGAGAAAAGGGAUAGUGAUGAUCAGUCUGGUGUUGCAUUUGGGUAUAUACACAAGGAUCUUAGACUUGCUAAUGAUGAAAUUGAUCGAUUGCGUGAUAGAGAUAUGAAGAAUUUGUUACGCCACAAAAAGCUUUACUUGGUUCUUGAUUUAGAUCACACCUUACUAAACUCAACCCGGUUUUCUGAUAUAACUCAAGAAGAAGGAUACUUAUUGAACCAAAAUGAUCCCAUGCAAGAUGCACUGAAAGGUAGUUUAUUCAAAUUACCCUCAAUGCACAUGGUAACAAAGUUGAGGCCUUAUGUCCACACUUUCCUGAAAGAAGCAAGCAAGUUGUUUGAAAUGUCUAUUUACACCAUGGGUGAGCGUUCUUAUGCAUUAGAAAUGGCAAAUCUUCUUGACCCUGGUAGGGUUUACUUUGACUCUAGAGUAAUUGCACAAGGUGAUUGCACCCAAAGACAUCAAAAAGGACUUGAUGUGGUUCUUGGGAAAGAAAGUGCUGUUUUGAUCCUUGAUGAUACAGAAGUGGUAUGGAAGCACAAGGAUAAUUUGAUUGUGAUGGAAAGAUAUCAUUUCUUUGCAUCAAGUUGUAGACAAUUUGGGUACAGAUCCAAAUCACUUUCUGAAUUAAGAAGUGAUGAAAGUGAUGCUGAUGGUGCUCUUGCUACUGUUCUUAAAGUUCUUAAACGAGUCCACACUAUGUUCUUUGAUCCGGAACUUGGGGAGAAUUUUGAUGGGCGUGAUGCAAGGCAGAUGUUGAGAGCUGUUCGGAGUGAAAUAUUGAAGGGGUGUAAAAUAGUGUUCAGUCGGGUUUUUCCGACACAGUUUCAGGCGGAAAACCACCAGCUAUGGGUGGUGGCUGAGCGGCUAGGUGCCACGUGUACAACUGAGGUUGACUCAUCAGUGACACAUGUCAUCUCCACAGACAUCGGAACUGAAAAGUCAAGAUGGGCUGUUCAAGAGAAGAAGUUUCUAGUGGAACCACGGUGGUUGGAAGCUGCAAAUCUCAGAUGGGAGAGACAACCUGAGGAGAAGUUUCCGGUGGUCAAAGAAGUAAAAGAAAAACACUGAUCUCUUUUGGUUUCUCUCUCAUUUGACUAGAUGUUGUUGACUUGAUAGAGAGUUGUGGUUUUUGUUGGUAUAGUAGUAAUAGUAUAGGUGGUGGUUACUGGUUAGGUUAGAAGGACAAGAUUAGAAAUAUCAUACAUUUUGCAUCUGAUGUGUCUGAUUAAGAUGUACAGGAUUUUUCAUUUUUGCUUGUCAAAGAUGUUUUCACUCAAUGGGCUUAAUGGGUUAGCUAUAUAUAGCUGUUUUGACUUAAUGGGUUAAGCUAAAAAAACUUGCUAAUUUUUGU